GUUGAAUUUCUUUCCUUAGUAAUAUUUCUUUCAAUUCUAAUAAUUUUGCCUUUUUUCCCUUUUAAACAAGAGUUAACACGAAGAAGUCAAAAUCUUAAAAAAUUCAUUCUUGUGUCGGAUCUGAUUAAUAAAUUUCCUUUGCUGUUCUGAGGAUCGAAGACCAUUGUUUUAUCUAUGAAACUUCCUACUUAAUUAUAGCCAUAUGUUCCGAAGUCUGGAAAAUGCCUCAGUCCAUUUUUGUUCAAGUUGGUCAGUGUGGAAACCAGAUAGGAUGUCGCUUUUGGGAUAUAGCUCUUCAAGAGUUCUUGGUCUGUAAAAAGGCUGUGGAUGACAUAGAGUAUUUUUUCAAACCAAAUGAUGUCCAUAAAGAUUCUGAAGGACGAUCGAUUCUUGAUGGGAUUAAAGCAAGGGCAGUGUUAAUUGAUAUGGAAGAAGGUGUAAUCUCUGAAACUCUGAGAGGUCCUUUAAAAGAUUUAUUUAGUCAUAAGCAGCUGGUGACUGAUGUCUCAGGAUCUGGAAAUAAUUGGGCUGUAGGAAAUAUGGUGUAUGGUCCUAAGUAUCAAAAUGAUAUUACAGCUUUAUUUCGAAAAGAAGCUGAAGCAUGUGAUAGCCUGCAGUGCUUUUAUCUUAUACAUUCUGUUGGAGGAGGCACAGGAUCAGGUCUAGGUACUGCUGUUCUUGAAUAUUUGUAUCAUGAAUUUCCUAAAGUACCCAGGUUUGUUUCUGCUGUUUUUCCAUCUUUGGUUGAUGAUGUUAUUACUUCUCCAUAUAAUACAGUAUUGGCUAAUAGCAAGCUGAUUGAAUUUGCUUCAUGUGUUAUUCCUUUUGAGAACAAGGCAUUGACCGACAUAUGUGUUCAAGUUUCUGCUCAAAAGUCAAAUCAAGCAUUUUUUCUCAAGUCUGGAAAAUCAAAACUUAAUGAUAUAAGAUUCACUAAUACCCUAAUGAAUGUUGAAAAAAGAAAGCCCUUUGAUGAAAUGAACAACAUUGUUGCAAAUACUCUCAUUAACUUAACAUGUUCUUCAAGAUUUCCUGGUAGUUUAAACAUUGAUGUGAAUGAAAUAGUAACAAAUAUGGUGCCUUUUCGUAAACUGCAUUACAUUGCAGUGUUAAUUGAUAUGGAAGAAGGUGUAAUCUCUGAAACUCUGAGAGGUCCUUUAAAAGAUUUAUUUAGUCAUAAGCAGCUGGUGACUGAUGUCUCAGGAUCUGGAAAUAAUUGGGCUGUAGGAAAUAUGGUGUAUGGCCCUAAGUAUCAAAAUGAUAUUACAGCUUUAUUUCGAAAAGAAGCUGAAGCAUGUGAUAGCCUGCAGUGCUUUUAUCUUAUACAUUCUGUUGGAGGAGAUAGUCCCAAAGAUGUGUUAUCAGAUUCAGGUCUGGAGAUCAAGCUGGCCAUUCCGUUUGUUCUGAAUCGUGGUCCUCAAGAUACUCCUCAACAAUCCGAGCUUGGCACAGGAUCAGGUCUAGGUACUGCUGUUCUUGAAUAUUUGUAUCAUGAAUUUCCUAAAGUACCCAGGUUUGUUUCUGCUGUUUUUCCAUCUUUGGUUGAUGAUGUUAUUACUUCUCCAUAUAAUACAGUAUUGGCUAAUAGCAAGCUGAUUGAAUUUGCUUCAUGUGUUAUUCCUUUUGAGAACAAGGCAUUGACCGACAUAUGUGUUCAAGUUUCUGCUCAAAAGUCAAAUCAAGCAUUUUUUCUCAAGUCUGGAAAAUCAAAACUUAAUGAUAUAAGAUUCACUAAUACCCUAAUGAAUGUUGAAAAAAGAAAGCCCUUUGAUGAAAUGAACAACAUUGUUGCAAAUACUCUCAUUAACUUAACAUGUUCUUCAAGAUUUCCUGGUAGUUUAAACAUUGAUGUGAAUGAAAUAGUAACAAAUAUGGUGCCUUUUCGUAAACUGCAUUACAUUGUUCCAAGUCUUUCGCCUUUGUUUUCAUUGGAUACAUAUUAUAAGCUGCAUGUUUUGUUUCAAAAUUCACUUUCUCCUGAUCACCAAUUGUUUCCUAGUCCUCUUGAAGAUGGAAUUGUAUUUGCUUCUACCUUAAUAUGCAGAGGAGACAUUUUAAUGUCUGAUGUACAAAGUACAAUUGACAGAUUAAAAGCUGAUCUAAAAUUCCCGUCUUGGAAUGAUGAUGCUUGGAAAAUAGGCUUGUGCAAGAUUCCCCAUUUUACCUGCCCACAGUCAGUUCUUUUGCUGGCUAAUACUUCAUCCAUCUCUAAAUAUUUUACAACAUUACGAGACAGGUUUUCAAAGAUGUUUCAAAAGAAGGCUCAUUUGCAUCAUUUUCUUGAAGUUCAAAACAUGGAACGAGAUAUAUUUACUUCAUCCCUUGCAAAUUUAACUAGUCUUAUUGAAGAAUAUGAAAAUGAGGCAACAAAGGCUACGAUUCCACUGCCCUCGUAUCCGUGUUAUUCUUCAUUGAAUAUAUAAAGCUGCAAUUCCAAAAUAUUGUGCCAUCUUUUUUUUUGUUUACCUCAGUUUUAUUUAUUAUGUUAUUUAUUUAAUGUCUUUACAUUUUGUGAUAAUUUUAAGAUUUUAAACUUUUACUUAUAUUUUUAAGUCAUUUCUUAUGUAUGUUUUACAUUUUACUCUUUAUGUAAGCAAGAUUUUUAAAGUCAAUACCUUUUUCAUAGUAUAAUUUACUUUUUACAAAAUAAAGUGCCUUUUCUUGCUGUGAUAUAAAGACAUAACCAAACUGAUAUUACAGAUUGAUAAUGACUCAAUGAAAAAUAGUCGCAAAAGAUAAGUCAAGAAAAAUAAUGAAAAUGCCAUUGCUUUAAGUACAGUGAAACCCCGAUUUUACAUUGUUCGUUUGAUUUGUUAUCCUACUUCUAAUUUCAUUUUCUGUUAGUCUGUGAAAAUUCCUAUACUUCUAAUGUUAAAAUAUUCUGCAUUUAAUGUUACUUUUUUCUGAAAGAUCGGCUUAAUAUGUUGUUCUGAAAACAAAUCAAAAUCAUAUCUCUCUUAUAAGUUCACAGAAACGUUCUUUUUUUUCUGGGUCUUUUUCGAGAUGAAUUUGUUUCUCGGUUGUUUGAAACUGAUCUGGUAUUCUUUCUGUUCUGUCUUACUGUCGAAGUGUCAAAAAACUGUAAAAUAAUUUUUAUUUGGAAAUACAAACGAGGAAGAUUUGCAAAAAAUUGCUUGAGUAGAACAUGUUGUUAAUGAAAUUGCUCAAGAAACAAAAUACAAAAAAAAAUUGCAGAUUUCUUUCACUAGUCCAUAACAACAUGGUUUGAUUUUUGUCCCAGCCCCCAAUUCAAGUUUUUCUGCUUGAUGCAUAUUUUAUCAGUAGUUUAACGGAAUAUGCAAAAUCAAGGUUCCACUGUAUAUAGAACAUGCUACACAUAACCAAUGUUUUAAAAAAAGUCAAUACAAUAACUCAGUAUUGAUAUUUGUUAUCUUUUAAAAUUGUAAAUGUUCCAUUUCAU